AUGGACUCACCACAGUCUCUACCGGAUUCUACUCAUCAUGCUAGUCUUCAAACACACAUAUGGGGUGGCUUUGUUAUAGGCAUUCUAACAGUGGUGAUAGUUGCGUUGUUAUACUUCCUUUGCAGCAAGAAGCUUAUACCGGCUCUCAGGCGCCGGCGAGAAGAAGGGAAAUUGAAACAGGAGGAGAAGAUAAACCUGAGGCGAUUCCAUUUGGAGGAACUAGUGAAGGCUACCAAAAAUUUCGACAGUGACUGCAUGUUAGGCUCUGGUGCUUUUGCAAAUGUUUACAAGGGAACCUUUGAGGAUUUGGGAACCGUGGCCAUUAAGAGAUCUCAUGCCGAUUCGUUUCAGAGUGUUGAGGAAUUCAGAAACGGUAUUUUUUUUCUGCACUCUUUGUGUCACCACACCAGAAAGAAAAGGCUACUCUCUAAAGUUAAGCACAGAAACCUUGUAGGACUGGUUGGAUACUGUGAAGAAUCUGGAUCAAGAGGGGGAAAAGUUUUGAUCUAUGAAUACGUACCGAAUGGUUCUCUGCUUGAUUAUAUUAUGGGAAGGAAAUGGAUCAGCUUAAGUUGGAGGCAAAGAGUGAACAUAGCAAUUGGUGCAGCAAAAGGCAUUGCUCAUUUGCAUGAAGGGGUUAACCCAAGCAUAAUCCACCGUGACAUAAAGCCAAGUAACAUCUUGAUAGGAGAUGGUUUUGAAGCCAAGGUUUCAGAUUUCGGACUUGUGAAAUCAGGACCUGUUGGAGAUGAUUCACAUGUCAGUAGCCAAAUCAAAGGGACUCCAGGGUACCUUGACCCUGCUUAUUGUGCAAGUUUCCACUUAUCCCAGUUCAGUGAUGUGUAUAGCUUUGGUAUCAUUCUUCUUCAACUUAUUUCUUCCCGGCCUGCGGUUGACAUGACUGGAAACCGCCCUAGGAAUCACAUCAUUGACUGGGCAAGGCCUAGCUUAGAGAGAGGUCGUGUUGAGGAGAUUUUAGAUGCUAAUCUUUUAUCAGAACCAUGUAACUUAGAAGUGAUGUUAAAGAUGGGAAAACUUGGCUUGAGGUGUGUUGUGAAAGUACCCAAGAGCCGUCCUACAAUGUCCCAAGUGUGUCGAGAGCUCGAAGAAGCCCUCUAUUCUGCAGACAACAAACAGCAGUUGAGAGAGAGUCGAAGAUCAAAUCGUCAACCAACAGACCAAGGGUUUAGGAGAUCAAUGGACUAUGAUCAAUCUCUAAACUCUGUGAGCCUAGAUGGCAUUGGAUUCCAGAAGUUUCAUGUAGACUUAGAUAGCAUCUCCUUCCAGAGCACAAGCUUAAGGUGUUUAGAGAACAACAGUAUUGAAAUCGACAUUGAGGACUUGAGAGAUAUAAGAGAGGAAGUUAGUGCAGAAGAAGACACAAACAUAAAAUGA